AUGUUUGGUCAAACAGACAGGCUUUGGGUGGGCAUUGCCAUAAGCGGUGGCGUGGAUUCAAUGGCAUUAGCUACUCUGUACAAAGACUUUCAAGAAGAAGACCCAGAAUUACCAAAAGCCCAUGGCUUCAUCGUAGAUCACAAAGUGCGCCCAGAGAGCACAGAAGAAGCGAGCUGGGUAGCAGAGCAAUUGCGGUCCAAGCUUGGUAUCGAUUCCACUGUAAUCCCCCUCACAUGGCCUACAGACUUCGAUCCCCAUGAUGACAAGCGGUUUGAGACGGAAGCACGCAUACUGCGUUACCAGGCGCUAGGUCGAGCAUGCAGAGACAUGAAAAUUAACCGCCUGAUGGUGGCGCAUCAUGCUGAUGACCAAGCCGAGACAGUCAUGAUGAGAAUGGCAAAUAACAGGCUCCGGUCAGGACUCCAGGCUAUGCAGCGCAUAGAGUGGAUACCCGAAUGUGAGGGUAUUUACGGGGUGUACCAUAGCGGCAAUCCGCUGAAACCCCGUCCUAGUCUGAACAUUCCAUUUCCCAUUGAACAGGGAGGCAUAAAGAUUCUACGCCCACUUCUUGAUUUCGAAAAGACUCGGCUCAUUGCGACGUGCGAAGAGAAGGGCAUUGCUUGGGCAGAAGACAAGACGAAUCAGAUACAGACGUUGACGUCUCGCAAUGCUAUACGUCAUAUCUACAAAAACCACAAGCUUCCAGAGGCACUCAGUGUCAAGUCGUUGGUUGACGUUUCGUUGCAUAUGCAAGAGCGUGUAAAAAAACACAAAGAUCUUGCAAAGGAGCUCUUUGAGAAAUGCUUAAUCAAACUCGACAUUCAAACAGGCUGUCUGAUUGUCCGGUUUCCACCUUUCUCCAACCUCCUUCCGCGCCCAAUUGAGACGACUGCCGACAAGAUCGAGGCAAGGAACACGGCAUAUGGGCUCCUGGAACGAAUCGCCGAACUGGUAACGCCACGAGCCAAGGCGCCUCUCGGCCAGCUUGCAGCAACUAUACAUCGCAUUUACCCAGAGCUUGAGGUGUUGGAGGAUGAUGAUGUGAGUCACUGGGAAGGCGUUCGUAAGAAGAACUACUGUGUCUUUAGUGUAUGGUGGCGGUUCUGGGACCAGCCUACUCCGUUUCCUGAGCAUCAAGAAAAGGGUAUUGACCUGUCGUUGCCGCAUCCGCGAGAAUGGCUCCUCACACGGCAGCCUCUUGACAUAAACGAGAAGAAAGAUGCUGCAAAUUAUCUCGUGUACCCCCCGUCUCCAAACUCGCGCCCCUCUCGGAGCGAGCCAUUCCGCCUCUUUGACAGCCGUUACUGGAUCCGGCUCCACAAUCUCCUUCCCAAGGACAAGAUGAUUCUUCGGAUUUUUAACAAGACCGAUGCUCACCACUUACCCACGUACCAGCAGAAUCGAGCCGACAUGCUGGAUGCAACCUGUGCGCGCCCGUAUCGCUUCAUCUUGGCAGCCUUGGACUUGCUCCGGCCAUCUGACGUGCGCUAUACCCUGCCGGCCGUGUUCCGACAGGACCACGAGACUGGGGCGGAGACACUGGUGGGGUUCCCGACGCUAGAUGUACGGAUAGAUGGGUUUGGGUCGCCAGAAGGCGUGUGUGAGUGGAGUGUGAGAUAUAAGAAAAUUGAGCUUGGUUCUCGAACGGCAGGAGAGAUUGUGGUGCCUGGAAGCACGAGAAAAGAUAUCGUUAUCGAGGAUAAGAGACAGGUGGUGGUUCAACAAGGUGCGGAGAAGGCGCGGUUGCGCAAACAGAAGCAGCGUGAAGAGGGUCGGCUACAACGCGCUCGGGAAGCGAGUCGUGGCGAUGAUACUUCGAUGGGUGGGAGGCGUGUGGUGGGGCAUGUUGAUGGACGAGGCAGACGGGGUAAUGGGAUGGAAGAGCGAGCUGCUGAAACGGAUGCAGUGCAGGUUGAGGGGAGAGAUGACGAUAGGAAAGAGUGA